AGGUUUGUGAGACAGCAGAGGAUUCAGAGAGAGAGAAACACAUACUUUAAACUUCUGAAGUCACCAACAACACGCCUGCCCCACAGGCAGAGGGAAAAGAAAGAGGCGAAAGAAGAAGAAUGAGAGAGUUGAUUGUCUAGAAAGGGUGCGUAACUUUGUGACUGUGGGAUUGUGUGUUUGGGAACCCAAACUUUUGGAUUCAGUUUGGAUGGGAAUUCCUGCUGUGCGUUUCAGAUGAGGAUUGUUCCAUGAACGGCUGGAUCUUGUUACUGAUAGCUAAUGGCGAUGACAGCCCUGUUCCGAAUGAAAUGGGGACAUAAACCUCAAGUGGUCCAGAGCAAAAUUCAGACGCCAGUGCCCCAUCUGCCCAGCGAGGAUGACGAUGACGAUGAAGAGAAGUUGUCAAGUGGAGCUCCAAUUCGCAGGAAUUCACGCUUUUACCGCUCAAUGAGAAAGAAAAAGUUAUCUUCAUCUUCAGAACAACAAGAAAGCCCCUCCUCCUCUCCUAAACCAGCAGUGGACCCCGCCUCCUACAAUAGACUCAGCCCCUCUGCAGCAAAUCGACCCCCGCCCUCUCCUAGAAUGCAAAAUCCACCUUUUGGAAUCUCGUUGCCGAGCAACGGGAGUACUGUGCUGGGAGGAGUUCGCUCUCGGUCUCCGUUGGCGACGCCGGGAGAUUGGCCCCAUAGACAAGAAAUGGAAGAGCUGAGUGAACGGACGACAAGUGCCUGCACUAUGCAGGACAAAGAUAUUCACGCCACUGCCGACCCUGACAACAUCACACUCCGGCUGGUUAGGAAUGGUGACAGUCCGCAGAAGAUGGCAGUAGAGAAUUCCUGCCGCAAUCUCAACAUCGUGAAGAGUGUUGAUGUUUUGUAUCAAGAGUACCGCGACACCUCUAAGCAGCAGGAGAUCGAGCAGCGUCGACAGAGAGAUGGGCUUCCGACUGCAGGGUCAGGGGUCACGGCUGCACCUGCGUUGCAGCUGCAGUUGAGGAACAGCAUGCAUUCACUGAGCCUCUGGCAAAACUUGGAUGCUGUGAAGAGCAGUGGACACCUAGAGACGCUGGAGCCAAAGGAGAUUAUACUGCAGGAGGCCAUGUUUGAACUGGUGACCUCUGAGGCGUCGUACUACAAAAGCCUGGAGCUGCUGGAGACCCACUUUCUGCGCAACCCUCUGCUUGUCAACACCUUGAGUCAGUCUGACAUGCACUUCCUGUUCUCCAACAUUGAGGACAUCAUGAAGGCAAGCGAGAGGUUCCUCAUGGAUCUAGAGCACAGGAUCGAAGAGUCCAUCCUGAUCUCAGAUGUGUGUGACAUUGUUUAUUUUCACGCUGUUAACCACUUCCAAGUCUUCAUCAGCUACGUCAUCAACCAGGCGUACCAGGAGAAGAACUACCGACGGAUACUACAAGAAAACGCUCUCUUCCGAGAGAAAAUGUCCAUCCUGGAGAAUCAGCCGAAAGUGAAGGGCCUCUCGUUUACCUCCUUCCUCAUCCUCCCCUUCCAGCGAAUCACACGACUCAAGCUACUUGUUCAGAAUAUACUAAAGAAGGUGGAGGAAAAUUCUGACAGAGAAAAGACGGCCAUAUUAGCUCAUCAGGAGUUGGAAAGGAUUGUAAAGGAGUGCAAUGAAGGUGUGAGAAAGAUGAGUCGCACUGAGGAGCUGAUCAGCAUUGAGAAAACGCUCGAAUUCAAGUCAAAGUCAGUGCCAGUGAUUUCUCACUCUCGCUGGUUGCUGAAGAAGGGUGAGGUGCAGCAGAUGUCUGGACCCAAGAGCACUAGGACCAUGCGCAGCCGCAAGCUCUACCACCCCAUUUACCUGUUCCUGUUCAAUAACCUGCUGCUCAUCACCAAACGCAGCUCCAGUGGAGAGAAGUACCAGGUUCUGGACUCCUGCAGUCGCUCCAUGCUGAGGACCGAAGACCUGGAGGAUCAGGGUCAGAUGCUGGCCAGUGUGUUUGUGCUAAAACUGCUGGAGAACCAGGAGGACAGAGAAGUCAGCUACAUGCUCAAGACUGAAAGCAUAAGCGAUAAACUGCGCUGGAUAUAUGCUUUGACUCCAAACCGCCGUACAAGAUUCCUCUCAACCAGCGCUCACCAACCAGAUUCUCCGCAGGUUCAGUGUAUCCAGUCCUACUCCUCUCAGGAACCUGAUGAGCUCUCUGUAGAGAUGGCUGAUGUGCUUCACAUUCUGGAGUGUACAGAUGACGGGUGGAUGUUUGGUGAAAGGUUGCAUGAUGGCGAAAGAGGUUGGUUCCCCAUCCGUGUGGUAGAGAGGAUCAUGAACGCAGAAAUUCGGGCUCAGAACCUCAAAGAGUGUCAGCGGAUCCAGCAGGCUCAGGAAGGAGCACAGGGGGCCAGAGCCGCCUCCAGGGGGCGCCGCCCUGCUAAAAGUCCCCAGUACACUCCCACCUGGACUGACCUGUAGAUAAGGAGCUAGAAAUGACAUUACAUAACCGCCACCAUUCGUUCUCCUAAUUUCUGACCCGGUGACCCGGAAGCGACGUCAUCUAGAUGUACGGUGGACUGAUAGUCAUUCUGUGUCCAGUGUUUUAUUGAAUACGUGUCCGGUGUCACGUUGAGGACUCGACAGAGUCGUGGAACAGCUCUUGCACUAUAAGCACUUGUGUUUUUGAAUCGCUGCUUCCAUACAGUCCUAACACGCUGUUAGCAUGAAGGAUUUCAACUUCCGCAAUCACAAACGGGGACCACUUUUCUGACGGUGAAAGAAAAAACAAAUGCUACAUCAGGACUUUCGUAAAGUCAUAAUGCUUCUCUCGAAAAGGAAUGUAUUAAUGUGCAUGGUCACACCUUUACUGACAAUACAGGUUUGUGUUUUUAACUAACCUCUGAGGACAAAGAGGAUGUACUGUACCGUGUGGAGCUCAUUCUCCUCUCAUCCACUUGAAGAACAAAAUGAAAAAAAAAGAGAAAAUGAAAAAAGUUAAUCAGCUGCACAUAUCUGGAGUUUUAAAUGCAAUUUUUUUCAUGUCCUUAAACGUGAAACAUGGAAGUAAAAAAUGCAGAUGAAGAACACUGAGGCGUUUUUUGCACAUGCUGCAUGAAAGUGUGUGUAUAACACACACACACACAAACACACACACACACACACACACACACACACACAAACACACACACACACACACAUUAAACAAUGUUUUUCCUACACAAACACACUACAUACACUAGAGAAAUCUCGUUAAACCAGUCUAACACCAUGUCCUAACCAGAUGCGACACGGGAACUUUCCAAUGACAAGCCAUUUGUUCGCACUGAAAGCGAAAAUGCUUAGUGACGUCACGUGACACAGUGAUGUUUAAUAUCAACCAAUCACCUUUUUGAUAGACAUUACUUAAUAUGUCAUUAUUAGAAGUCUCAUUAUACAUAAAAAAGGAUUGCCUUUUUGUUUACUCUUGAAUGCACAACCCAUUAAAAAAUAUAUAUAUAUAAUUAUAUAAUUAUAUGUAAUUUUAUUUUUGAAAGUCUGUUAUUGGAAUGUAAUCUUGACAUAUAUUUUUUGAGAUUUCGAUUUUUGGUCCACAAUCAUCUGAAAUCGCAUACUUCCUUACUAUAUGGUAUGUAUGUCACAAAAGAAGUAUGUCCGAAUUCACAGGACUCAUAAAAGAGUAGGCAAAAAGUACCAGGAUGACCUACUACUUCCGGCAAAAUUCUGAAGUGUGCAUACAAUGGACACUUUACUAUCCCAUGAGGCCACGGGAGAAUGAAUGAAGGUGAAGCGACGCAACUGACGCUUUUAGGUCACAUGAUAAUGACAGCAUGGUGAAUGUAGUACAUCUGGAUCACAUUCAUACUACGCACACUCAUACUAUCUAGAACAUACUCUUUUAGCGGUCACAAAGUAAUUACUUUUUCAAAAUAAGUACCUGCUCAAAAGAAUAUGCAAUUUUUAAAUCUGCCCUUAUGAAAAUAAUAUAAAUAUAGCAAGUAUGAGAUGCAAUUUUAUAGCUGUCUGGAAGACCUAACAAGAUGGCUGCCAAGUGAACUGACUUUCCUUAAAGGGAUAGUUCACCCAAAAAUAAAAUUUCCCAUCUUCAUGUUGUUCCAAACCUACAAAAUUUUCUUUUGUGAACCACAUUUUAGGCACUAUUUUUAUUUGUAGCAUGACAGUUGUUUAGCUAGUUAUCACAAAAACAUCCAUUUACAUAGAAUAGAUGUUUUUGUCACUUUAUAACGUCGCAUCUGGUUUGGACACAGUUUAACAAUCUUUUCCAAGAGAGAAUGUAACUUCCAUGAGAGAUGAAUCUUGCUGCUCUGGAGUAGGUGUUUUUAUAGUUGUGUGCAUGUUCUUAUGAAAACAUGUGGUAAAGAGUUAUUGCCAAAUAAUUGUCCCAUUUCAUUUUGUAAAAAGAUAAUUUAUUGUUAAUGAAAAUACAUCUUGAAUGUUGAGACCUUGUCACCCCUGUCUCAUCUCAUCUAAUAAAUGACAAACACCCA